AUGGAGGAGGCCCCACUUCCGGAUUAUGGUGGCGACGGUGUUGAUUAUAGUUAUCUAUUUGCAACAAAUGAAAUAAUCGAUGGAUUUGAAAACGCAGCGAAUUGGGCAAAGCAAGUGGCUAUCGAAUCUGGGUUCAUAUUCAUAAGUAGCUCGUACAAAACGACGCAAAAAGAUGGUCGUAAGUACCAUUACUUGAAAUGCGAUCGGGGAAGGAGGGAAAACAAUUGUAGGGAUCCAGAGACCGCAAAACGACCAAACACAAAGAGUAAGGCUUGUGGUUGUCGGUUUAUGAUUAAGUGUGAACAACAACGAGUAGAAGAAAAUAAUUGGGUUAUUGAGUUGCUUCAUGAUCGUGGCACACAUAAUCACACAUUGAUUGUAUAUCCCGAGGGUCACCGUGGUGUUAGUGGUCUUAGGCAGGGUGCAAAGGAAGUUGUUCGCGAGAUGAACGAUGCACAAGCUAAGCCAAAAAAUAUUAUGGUGGCCGUUAAAAACAAGUUUCCAGAUGAACAUCCCAACAUGAGGCACAUUUACAACUUCAAAGAAAAGACGAGACGAGAAGGUUCAGAAGGAAGAAACGUUGUUGAGCAGAUGUUGCAUCUAGCCAGAGAGCACGACUACAUAAACUGGGUCUCAUGCAGUGACCGUACGAGUAAAGUCAUAAACCGCGCAUUCUUAGCUCACCCUGCAAUAGUGGAGGUGUUAAGCACAUAUCCACUGGUUAUUGGUUUGGAUUCGACGUACAAGACUAACAGAUAUGGAUUUCCUUUCUUGGAGAUUGUUGGUGUGACACCGACAAAUCAGAAUUUCCUAAUCGCCUAUGCAUUUAUGAAAGACGAGACUGCAGCGAGCUAA